AUGUCAGAACGUGGAAUUAAGUGGGCUUGUGAAUACUGUACGUAUGAAAACUGGCCAUCUGCAAUCAAGUGUACUAUGUGUCGUGCCCAGAGACCUAGUGGAACAAUUAUUACAGAAGAUCCAUUUAAAAGUGGUUCAAGUGAUGUUGGUAGAGAUUGGGAUCCUUCCAGCACUGAAGGAGGAAGUAGUCCUUUGAUCUGUCCAGACUCUAGCGCAAGACCAAGGGUUAAAUCUUCAUAUAGCGUGGAAAAUGCCAAUAAAUGGUCAUGCCACAUGUGCACAUAUUUGAACUGGCCAAGAGCAAUCAGAUGCACUCAGUGCUUAUCCCAGCGUAGGACCAGGAGUCCCACAGAAUCUCCUCAAUCCUCAGGAUCUGGCUCAAGACCAGUUGCUUUUUCUGUUGAUCCUUGUGAGGAAUACAAUGAUAGAAAUAAAUUGAACACAAGGACCCAGCAUUGGACUUGUUCUAUUUGCACAUAUGAAAACUGGGCCAAGGCUAAAAAGUGUGUUGUUUGUGAUCAUCCCAGACCUAAUAAUAUUGAAGCAAUCGAGUUGGCAGAGACUGAAGAGGCUUCUUCAAUAAUUAAUGAGCAAGACAGAGCUCGAUGGAGAGGCGGCUGCAGCAGUGGCAGCAGCCAGAGAAGGUCGCCGCCGGCCGUGCAGCGGGACUCGGAGGUGAAAGUGGACUUGCAGAGGAUCGAGCUGGCCGGCGCGGCCGGCAGCCAGGAGGCGCUCGGGGUGGACUUCAAAAAGCUGAAGCAGAUCAAAAACCGCAUGAAGAAGACUGACUGGCUGUUCCUCAGUGCUUGUGUGGGUGUUGUAGAAGGUGAUUUAGCUGCUAUUGAAGCUUACAAAUCGUCGGGAGGGGACAUCGCCCGCCAACUCACUGCAGAUGAAGUCCGCUUGCUGAAUCGCCCUUCUGCUUUCGAUGUUGGCUAUACUCUGGUACAUCUGGCUAUACGUUUUCAGAGGCAGGAUAUGCUAGCGAUAUUGCUUACAGAGGUGUCUCAACAAGCUGCAAAGUGUAUUCCUGCAAUGGUGUGUCCUGAACUGACAGAGCAGAUCCGUCGUGAGAUCGCUGCUUCUCUUCACCAGAGAAAGGGGGACUUUGCUUGCUAUUUCCUAACUGACCUUGUUACAUUUACAUUGCCAGCAGAUAUUGAAGACUUGCCUCCAACAGUCCAAGAGAAAUUAUUUGAUGAGGUGCUUGAUAGAGAUGUUCAGAAAGAGUUAGAAGAAGAAUCUCCAAUUAUAAACUGGUCAUUGGAAUUGGCUACACGUUUGGACAGUCGACUGUAUGCACUUUGGAACCGGACUGCAGGAGACUGCUUACUUGAUUCAGUACUACAAGCUACCUGGGGCAUUUACGACAAGGACUCAGUGCUUCGGAAAGCCCUGCAUGACAGCCUGCAUGACUGUUCACAUUGGUUUUACACACGUUGGAAAGAUUGGGAGUCCUGGUAUUCUCAGAGCUUUGGUUUACAUUUUUCCUUGAGAGAAGAACAGUGGCAAGAAGACUGGGCAUUUAUACUGUCUCUUGCUAGUCAGCCUGGAGCAAGUUUGGAGCAGACUCACAUUUUUGUACUUGCACAUAUUCUUAGACGACCAAUUAUAGUUUAUGGAGUAAAAUAUUAUAAAAGUUUUCGGGGAGAAACUUUAGGAUAUACUCGGUUUCAAGGUGUGUAUUUGCCUUUGUUGUGGGAACAGAGUUUUUGUUGGAAAAGUCCGAUUGCUCUGGGCUAUACAAGGGGCCACUUCUCUGCUUUGGUUGCCAUGGAAAAUGAUGGCUAUGGUAACCGAGGUGCUGGUGCUAACCUGAACACCGAUGAUGAUGUCACCAUCACAUUUCUGCCUCUGGUUGACAGUGAGAGGAAGUUACUCCAUGUGCACUUCCUUUCUGCUCAGGAGCUAGGUAACGAGGAACAGCAAGAGAAGCUGCUCAGGGAGUGGCUAGACUGCUGUGUGACGGAGGGGGGUGUUCUCGUGGCCAUGCAGAAGAGCUCUCGGCGGCGAAAUCACCCCCUGGUCACGCAGAUGGUGGAGAAAUGGCUUGACCGCUACCGGCAGAUUCGGCCCUGUACAUCCCUGUCUGAUGGUGAGGAAGACGAAGAUGAUGAAGAUGAAUGA